GCUCUCUUUAGCGUCAUUUUUCGUUUUCACUCUCCUGAAUGAUUUGAGUCAGAGAAUACUUACUAAAUUAAUAGGACUGCAGAUUAUCUUAUUCCAUGACCUCACUCCUAAAUCCUAAACCCUAAACCCACAUCCACUUCCUCCGCUCCCAUUCUCCCUAGUUCCUCGCAGAGUGGGAAACAGCGAAUCAAAGAAACAGGAGAGCCUCUUGAGAUGCUUACACUACUUGGUUACUUGACAACUGCUACGCUGCUCUUCCUUCACAUAUGCCCCAUAGCACUGACGCUGAACCAGGAGGGGCUGUACCUUCGUCAAGCCAAGCGCGGUCUCGACGACCCAGACAACGCCCUCGCCGACUGGAACCCACGCGACACAGCACCAUGCAAUUGGACAGGUGUACACUGCUCCAUCUCCGGCGAGGUCACCGCCGUCGAUCUUACAAACUUUAAUCUCACUGGCCCCUUCCCCUCCGCCUUCUGCCGUCUUCCUAACCUGUCCUUCCUCUCCCUAUCCUCAAACUACAUUAAUUCCUCCCUCCCUUCCUCCUCCCUUCUACCCUGUCCCUCUCUCACCCACCUCGACGUCUCCCAAAACAACCUCGUCGGCCCCCUCCCCUCCUUACUACAUUCACUUCCCCUUCUCCGCCACCUCGACCUCUCCGCCAACAACUUUACCGGCCCCAUCCCACCUUCCUUUGCUUUCUUCCCCUCUCUCCAAGUCCUCUCGCUCACCUACAAUUUCCUCGACGGUACCAUCCCUUCUUUUCUUGGCAACCUUUCCUCUCUCCGCCGGCUCAAUCUAUCCUACAAUCCCUUCGCCGCCGGGUCAAUUCCUUUAUCUUUCUCCAACCUUUCCAACCUUGAUACACUUUGGCUUGCCGACUGCUCUAUCAUAGGCGAAAUCCCUCCUGCGCUAGGCAGAUUAUACAAGCUCACAAACCUUGAUCUUUCCACCAACUUCCUCACCGGCGGCAUACCUGAAACUCUAUCAAGCCUCUACUCCGUCGUACAGAUCGAGCUCUACAACAACCACCUUUCGGGCCACUUCCCUUCCGGCCUCUCCAACCUCUCUGCCCUCCGCCGCAUAGACGCCUCGGUCAACAAUCUCUCGGGCCCGAUUCCGGAUGACAUUUUCUCCAUUCCCAAUCUGGAAAGCUUGCAUCUGUACCAAAACAAGCUUACUGGCUCUGUUCCAUCCAACGCAGCCAUGGCUCGCAACAUCUUUGAUCUCCGGCUGUUUGGUAACCAGCUAUCAGGGACACUUUCGGCUGAUCUCGGCUCUCACUCACCACUCUUGUAUCUAGAUCUUUCAAACAACCAGUUCUCCGGCGAGGUCCCGGGAGGAAUGUGCGAUGGUGGCGUGCUGCUGCAGCUUCUUCUCAUUAAUAAUAAAUUCUCCGGCAGCCUUCCAAUAGGCCUUGGGCAAUGCCAAAGUCUGUAUCGCGUGCGUCUCAGUAGCAACCAGUUCUCCGGAGAUGUGCCGGCGGGCAUUUGGGGUUUACCUCAUGUGUGGAUUCUCGAGCUGAGUAACAACUCUUUCACCGGUAGAAUCUCUCCUGACAUCGGCCGCGCUGGCAAUCUCUCGAAGCUGUUGAUAGACAUGAAUCUGUUUAGUGGGGAAAUUCCGGCAGAGAUUGGCUCACUCAACAAGCUCUUCGAGUUCUCCGCCAGUGAUAACCGGCUAACCGGCCCGUUGCCGGAAUCUCUUGGAAGAUUGACUGAACUAGGACAGCUCGACCUCCAUAACAACUUGCUCACGGGCGAGCUGUUAACUGGAAUCCAGUCCUGGAAAAAGCUCACACUUAUAAACCUAGCAAAUAAUAAUCUCACAGGGGGGAUUCCACGUGAGCUUGGAACCCUUACUGCGCUGAACUAUCUUGACCUCUCCAGCAACGUCCUCACCGGUCAAAUCCCACUUCAAUUCCAAAAUUUGAAGCUUAACCGAUUCAAUCUAUCUAAUAAUCUGCUAUAUGGUCCCAUCCCCCCCAUAUUUGACAAUGAAGCUUACAAGACUAGUUUCCUUGGCAACCCCGGCUUGUGCUGGAACCUAGCUGGGCUCUGUGCAAGUUCCACUAACAGCAAUCGAAGCGGCAUCAAGAUCUUAUGGCUUCUUCUAGCCGUUUUUUUAUUCGCAGCACUAGUAUUAAUCAGUGGAAUCGCAUGGUUCUUCUCUAAGUACAAAAUGAUUAAGAGGGCAAAAAAGGCGCGGGAGAAUUCCAAAUGGACUCUAACUUCAUUUUAUAAGUUAGCAUUCAGUGAGUUUGAGAUAUUGGAAUCCUUAGACGAGGAUUAUGUCAUAGGCAGCGGAGCUUCCGGGAAGGUCUACAAGGUUGUGCUCGGCAAUGGCGAGGUUGUGGCAGUAAAGAAGCUGUGGAGAACUUCGAAGAAGCGUUACGGAAACCCCUGCCAAGAUGCGGAUGAUGCUUUUGAAAAAGAGGUUGCGACUCUGGGGAAGAUAAGGCAUAAGAAUGUUGUGAAGCUUUUAUGCUGCUGUGCACUAAAGGAUUGCAAGCUACUGGUUUAUGAGUAUAUGCAAAAUGGAAACUUGGGAGACUUGUUGCAUAGCUGCAAAGCGAAUGCUUUGGAAUGGCCUACGAGGUAUAAGAUUGCUUUGAAUGCAGCGGAAGGGCUCUGCUAUCUUCACCAUGACUGUCUCCCCCCGGUUGUUCACAGAGACGUUAAAUGUGGUAACAUCCUUCUGGAUGCUGAAUUCUCUGCUAAAGUUGCAGAUUUUGGAGUUGCAAAGCUGGUGGAUGAAGUAGAAAUGGGACAGAGAUCCAUGUCGGUCAUUGCUGGCUCUUGUGGAUACAUAGCUCCAGGCAGCGGAGGUCUGAAGGACCAUUGUCUGCGGGCAACGGAGGUUGGAAGGAUCGUAGUCUGGCGACAGAGGUCGGAAGGACCGUUGUUUGUGGCCGGGUGGAAGUCCAACGUCAGUUGGUGGCCGAGCAGAAGUCCAGCGUCAGUUGGUGGCCAAGCAGAGGUCCGGCGUCAGUUGGUUGUUGGUUGGGAGUCCAACGUCAAUUGGUGGCCGAACAGAAGUUCGACGUCAGUCGGUUGCCAGGUGAAAGUUUGUCGUCAGUCGGUGGCUAGAAGGUGGUUGAGGAGGAGCUUGGUGGCAAGGAUUUAUCUUCAUCUCCUCUCUUCUUUCCCUCUUUAUUUGGCCUCCUUUCCAUGAGGAAUGAUGGGUCUAUUUAUUGUUUUUUGAGAGUGGCAUGACUAGUAAAUGGGGAGAAAAUCAAGGGUAAGGUGGGAGUGGUUUGAAUGGAUGGCUCGAUGUUGAUCCCCUUGUUCAUAGAACCUUUAUUGGACAUUUGAAUAUCUUAAUGAUAUCAGAAUUCGGUGAUCUUGGGAUCGUUUGAUUCAUCUCGCGAGCCGCUCGAUUCGACUAUAAGCAUGUGAUGUUUGGAAGCCGUUUGGUCAUCCAAUUUAUGGUUUGAACUUUCCAAAUGCGCUUUGAGUCUUUAAUUUAAAACCUAUAUGGGCUCGGAUAGAGUCAAAUUUGGUGUCUUUGGGUUCAUAUUUUCGAUACGUUCAAAUCGAUUAUAAGAUUGUUAAAAUCGGAGUUUGAAUUGUCCCGAUUUUAAUUUCGGAAGUUUCCAACUUGAUUU